AGCGCAGGCUCAACGGCUUCGCUGCAGCCUUCGCGUGCACUCUUAAACGAUCCCCUUCCCCGGCCCGGCCCCCACGUAGUAUAUGCCGGUGAUGCAUGCUUGCAGACAGUAGCUACAGUUCUGCUCUGCCUCUGGCUCGCGUCGUGCUCCAGCCUCCAUGGAUCCUAUCAUCACCAAGCGCGCCACGGAGAGGGAGCGCAAUGCCGACGGGCAGCCGCCGCCGCCGCUGCUCGACUCGCCGCUCCCCACGCCGCGGAGGUCGUGGGCCUCGGUUGACGCGUCCCGUCCGCGCUGCCGCCGCGACUCGUCACCGUCGCCGCUACGGACGCACGUGCCGUUCUCCUGGGAGAGCUCCCCUGGCGUUCCCAAGAACAGCGCGUGCGGCAGGGACGUGCACAAGAAGGCGCUGGCGGCGACGAUGCCGCCGCCACCGAGGCCGCCGCCCGGGCGCCCGCAGCCGCCGUGCCUCGCUCUGAACAGCUACUACGGCAACACGAGCGAGGCUAGCACCGACGACGACGACGACGACAGGUCCUUCUCCGAGGCGCUGGACAGGAUCUCCUCGCCCGAGCGGACCGGCUCGUUCGACCGGGUCACGUCCAAGCGCUUCGAGGAUAUCUUCGUCGGCCGCGCGACGAGCUUCUCCAAGGACAGGUCCCGCCACCCCGCCGCGGAAGCCACCGAGUUCUCGGCCUCGGGCAGGCAUCCAAGACGGGUUAGCACUCGCAGCAGCCACGACGAGGACCGCCGGUGGACGCCUAGGCUGCUCAACGACAGCGUCCCCAUGCAGCUGAUGCAGCGGAUCAGGAUGGACGCAGAGGCCGAAGAGAUGACGCCAAGAGCCUGUGGGCUCAUGGUGUUCUUCCCCUGGAGCGCGAAGCCGGCAGUCUGCGGGUUCAGGGGAUGCCCGACGCCGGUGCCGGCGCCUGCAGCGCAGCACGCGACGCCUCGCCCCGGAGCCGACGCGCCUUCACCCCGUUCCCGUUCCCGUUCCCACAGCCGCAGGAUCACCACCACCACGCUACGCGACGUCAUCAAAGAAGACAACGAAAAAGCCAUCAGCGGCGACUCGUCGCUGCCGCGUGGAGAGAAGAAGAGGAUCCGUGAGGACUUGCAGAGCCGUCGAUGGGGCGUGUCGUCGCUGCUCGACACGAGCAAGAAGUACUGCACCGAUGCCCGGAAGGCCCUGAGCAAGCUCUCCAUCGGGCUAGGAGCGGACAGCGGCAGCCCGAGGGUUAGCGGCGAGAGGAGGAGCGGCAAGCUGCACGACGGUUUCUCAUCAACGCCGGCGACGCCCGCGAAGCUGACGCAGCUGAAGGCUAACAGGAACUGAUCGAGGUGGCUUGACAGCAGGAAAUCUCUCCACAUAUAUGCAUGCACAAUCGAUGCCCUGAACUCCUGUUCCUGACAGCUUAGAAUAAAUGCCUAAUGCCAUGUUAUUUAUACUCCCCAUUCGAUCUUGUGGUAUAUAUUUCGUGAUUAGUAGGUACUCGUCUUGCUGUCUGUGGUAAUCUUGUGCAGGAACCGUCAUUGUGAUUAGAUUGAACUAGAUAAUGUUUUCUGAAACUA